AUGGACGCAGCGGCCCCGGGGACGGGGACGGAUGGCGAGACAAAGAAGGAGGAGGUCGGCAUGGAUCGCGGGAAGAAGGUGUCCUUCACGGGGCUGUUCCGGUACUCCGACGGCACGGACCUGCUGCUAAUGCUAGUCGGCACGGUGGCCGCGUUGGCCAACGGCAUGUCGCAGCCGGUUAUGACCGUCAUUUUCGGCGACGUCAUCGACGCCUUCGGCGGCGCCACCACCGGCAACGUCCUCAACCGCGUCAACAAGGCGGUUCUAAACUUUGUUUAUUUGGGCAUCGGAACAGCCGUAGUCUCCUUUCUCCAGGUGGCAUGUUGGACAAUUACGGGCGAAAGGCAGGCAACGCACAUUCGUUCUCUAUACCUCAAAUCUGUCUUGAGACAGGAUAUAUCAUUCUUUGACGUAGAAAUGACAACUGGGAAGAUAGUUUCAAGAAUGUCUGGUGAUACUGUGCUAGUUCAGGAUGCAAUUGGUGAGAAGGUUGGCAAGUUUCUACAACUCAUUGCUAGUUUCAUCGGUGGUUUCGUUAUAGCUUUUCUCAAAGGCUGGCUUCUAUCUGUUGUCAUGUUGGCAUCCAUACCUCCAGUUGUAAUUGCUGCAGCAGCAGUGGCAAAAGUGCUAUCUACAAUCUCUAGCAAAGGCCAACAAUCAUACGGUGAUGCAGGGAAUGUUGUUGAACAGACAAUUGGAGCCAUAAAAACAGUUGCCUCUUUCAAUGGGGAGAAGCACGCCAUCAGAGCAUACAAUAAGCUCAUACACAAAACAUACAAGACUACUGUGAAGGAAGGACUUGCCAAUGGCACUGGCAUGGGUUCUAUUUUCUUGAUAUUUUUCUCUAGCUAUGGUUUAGUCAUAUGGUACGGUGCAAAGUUGAUACUUAACAAAGGAUACACGGGAGGAAAAGUCAUCACUAUAUUGUUUGCUAUCAUGACUGGGGCAAUGUCUUUAGGCAAUGCCACCCCGUGUAUGACAGCCUUUGCACAAGGACAAUCUGCAGCGCAUAGAUUGUUCACAACAAUCAAGAGGAAACCAGAGAUUGAUCCUGAUGAUAGGACUGGUAAGCAGUUAGAAGAUAUCAGGGGUGAUGUUGAGCUGAAGGAUGUGUAUUUUAGCUACCCAGCAAGACCUGAUCAACUGAUAUUUGAUGGAUUCUCCUUACAUGUGUCUAGUGGCACUACAAUGGCUAUAGUUGGAGAGAGUGGAAGUGGCAAGUCAACUGUGAUUAGUCUUGUAGAGAGAUUUUAUGAUCCGCAGGCUGGUGAGGUUUUGAUUGAUGGAAUCAAUAUCAAGAGUGUACAGCUCGAUUCAAUUAGAGGGAAAAUUGGUCUGGUUAGCCAAGAGCCCUUGCUUUUUAUGACCUCAAUUAAAGAUAAUAUAAUGUACGGCAAAGAAGACGCAACAUUUGAAGAGAUUAGGAGAUCUGCUGAGCUCGCCAACGCAGCAAAUUUCAUUGAUAAGCUUCCAAAUGGUUAUGACACACUGGUUGGCCAACGUGGUGCUCAGCUUUCAGGGGGACAAAAGCAAAGGAUUGCAAUUGCAAGAGCAAUCAUUAAAAACCCAAAAAUACUUUUGUUAGAUGAGGCCACUAGCGCAUUGGAUGUGGAGUCAGAAAGGAUAGUUCAGGAGGCACUGAAUAGGAUCAUGGUCGACAGAACGACCCUUGUGGUUGCACAUCGUCUAACUACUGUUAGGAAUGCUGAUUGCAUAUCAGUUGUUCAACAAGGAAAGAUAGUUGAGCAAGGUCCCCAUGACGAAUUGGUGCUAAACCCAGAUGGUCCUUACUCUCAACUUAUUCGACUUCAAGAAAGUCGUGAAGAAGAGCAGAAAAUAGAUCGUCGAAGGUUGGAUCCGAUGUCUAAAAAUACAAGCUUAUCAUUGAAGCGGUCAAUUAGUAGAGGUUCUGCAGGGAAUAGUAGUGCGCAUUCUUCCACCCUCCCUUUCAUGAUGCCUGAAAAAAAUGAUACACAUGGGGGGAAUCAGACAGAGCUGCAUGGUGAUGGUGAGAUUUCAACGAAAGCUCCUCUGGGACGGCUAGCACGUCUUAACAAGCCAGAGGUACCUAUUAUCCUCUUAGGAUCCCUAGCAGCAGCAGUUCAUGGAGUGCUUUUCCCAAUGUUUGGCGUAAUGAUUGCCAAUGCCAUCAAAGUUUUCUAUGCACCACCAGAUAAGAUGAGAAAAGAUUCUAGUUUUUGGGCUUUGAUGUGUGUUGUGCUUGGUAUCUUGUCAAUAAUCUCAAUACCAGCAGAGCUCUUCUUGUUUGGGAUAGCAGGAGGGAAGCUUAUAGAGCGCAUCCGUUCAAUGUCAUUUCAAAGCAUUGUGCAUCAAGAAGUUGCUUGGUUUGAUGAUCCCAAGAAUUCCAGUGGAGCACUUGGUGCAAGACUGUCAGUUGAUGCUUUGAAUGUACGGCGGUUAGUUGGAGAUAACUUGGCCUUAACAGUUCAGAUUAUCGCUACACUUAUCACAGGAUUUGUCGUUGCUGUGAUGGCUGACUGGAAGCUCUCUUUGAUCAUCCUCUGUGUCAUUCCAUUAGCUGGUAUUCAAGGUUAUGCCCAAGUGAAGUUCCUGAAGGGUUUCAGUCAAGAUGCUAAGAUGAUGUAUGAAGACGCAAGCCAAGUGGCCACUGAUGCAAUUAGUAGUAUCAGGACCAUAGCUUCUUUUUGUUCAGAGAAAAAAAUUACAACAAUAUAUGAUCAUAAAUGUGAAGCAUCAAUGAGUCAAGGAGUCAGAACAGGAAUAGUUGGGGGCAUUGGAUUUGGUUUCUCAUUCUUGAUGUUGUACCUUACAUACGGUCUUUGCUUCUAUGUUGGAGCACAAUUCGUGCGCCAUGGCCAAUCAGAUUUUGGUGGUGUUUUCAAGGUUUUCUUUGCACUAGUUUUAGCGACUAUUGGUGUAUCUCAGUCAAGUGCAUUGGCCAGCGAUUCAUCAAAAGCAAAGGAUUCAGCUAUCUCCAUAUUUGCUUUACUAGACCGAAAGUCUGAAAUCGACUCAAGCAGCAAUGAGGGUUUGACAAUAAACGAGGUCAAGGGCAACAUUGAUUUCCAACAUGUCAGCUUCAAGUACCCAACACGCCCAGAUAUUCAGAUCUUCAGUGACUUUACCCUGCACAUUCCCUCUGGCAAGACUGUUGCACUCGUUGGAGAGAGUGGUAGUGGAAAGUCAACAGUAAUCGGACUGUUGGAGCGAUUCUACAAUCCCGAUUCAGGUACCGUUUCACUGGAUGGAGUGGAAAUCAAGAGCUUAAACAUCAAUUGGUUGAGGGACCAAAUGGGGCUGGUGAGCCAGGAGCCUGUACUCUUCAACGACACAAUCCGCGCGAACAUAGCCUAUGGUAAGGAUGGGGAAGUGACCGAGGAGGAGCUCAUUGCAGCAGCGAAGGCAUCAAAUGCACAUGGGUUCAUAUCGAGCCUUCCCGAAGGAUAUGACACCACCGUUGGGGAGAGGGGCAUCCAGCUAUCCGGCGGCCAAAAGCAGCGGGUGGCUAUUGCGAGGGCCAUACUGAAAGACCCAAAGAUACUACUACUUGAUGAGGCGACAAGCGCCUUGGAUGCUGAGUCCGAGCGGAUUGUGCAGGCUGCGUUAGAUCAUGUGAUGGUUGGCAGGACCACUGUUGUUGUGGCGCACCGCCUCUCGACGAUCAAAGGUGCUGACAUAAUUGCAGUUCUGAAGGAUGGUGCGAUAGCGGAGAAAGGAAGACACGAGGAGCUGAUGGAUAUCAAAGAUGGAGUGUAUGCUUCGCUGGUAGAACUUCGUUCAGCGUCAUCAUAAUACCUAGGAUCAGUUUUGGUUCCUACCUCUGUGCACGUUGUACAUCUUCCUUGACCCCUUUUUGUCGAUGUUGCUGUAACUGUGCUCCAUAACACUUUGAGACUUGAAGAGGAAUUCGAGAGGUAACCUGCUAUUUUCUGUACCCAUGUAGUGCAAGAUUGCAAGCGCUUAGUAGAAGGAACGGUUCUGCUUCAGAUUUUGAUUUUGAUUUGAUUUGAAAUGUACAUUUCGCAUAACAAUGUGUAA